AAUAUGGCGUUUUUUAGCUUACAUAUUUCAACGUAAAUAUAUUUUGAUUCAAUAUGUAGCUUCAAAAAAAAUUUUCACAGUUAAAUAAUAUAGUUCCAAAUAAAUAUUUUUACUGGAAAUUAGUAUCGAUAUAUCAGGAAGAAUUGUUUCUAAUGAUGUUGGCUAUUUGAUUUAAGUCAUUCAUGUGUUUGUACAUAAUCUGAUAUAAUAUCUAUUCUGUCAAGUUUGUUGUGAUCGUAAAGGUCAAAGGUUAUAAUAAUUAUUAGACUUUCGUUUAUAAUAUUUGUGCAUUCUGAACAGUGUAUUUGAAGUAUAUUUUCCCUUUAGCGGGGCUUUUAACAAUGGCUGGAAGUCCGGUUGUGAUAAAUGCUAGUGUCAAACAUACAGCAACGAUUAUUUUCCUGCAUGGACUGGGCGACACUGGGCAUGGCUGGGCGAGUGCAAUAGGAGGCAUCCGACCACCACAUGUCAAGGUCGUAUGUCCCACUGCGCCCAUCAUGCCUGUUACGCUGAAUGCAGGCUUCAGAAUGCCUUCGUGGUUCGACCUGCGGACGCUGGACGCAAACGGCCCCGAGGACGAGGAGGGCAUCCGCAGGGCGACGGAGCUGGUGCACUCGAUGAUCGAGACGGAGGUGAAGCAGGGCAUCCCGUCCAACCGCAUCCUGCUGGGAGGCUUCUCGCAGGGCGGGGCGCUGGCUGUGUACUCGGCGCUGCUCUUCACCAAGCCCCUUGCCGGGGUCAUGGCCUUGUCCUGUUGGCUGCCGCUGCAUAAGAAGUUCCCAGACCUUGCCAAAGGAAACACAGACAUUCCAUUCGUCCAGUGCCACGGCGACUGCGACCCCAUAGUGCCGUACAAGUGGGGCCAGAUGACUGCUUCCUGCCUCAAGCAGUUCCUGAAGAAUAUUGAGUUCAAGACAUACAGGGGCUUGAUGCAUACGUCAUCGGAAGAGGAGCUGCGAGAUCUGAAGGCAUUUGUGGAACGGGUGUUACCCCCCGAAUGAGCAAAGUGGUUAGAGCGGACCGAAAAAGUCGUAUUGGGCCGAGUCUGGCGGUGUCUUUACACCGACAAGCAAGAGUGAAGCAUGUUGCACGUUCCAUAGAUAAACCCCUCCCCACAAACAUAGGACCUUGCGUAUGUGAUAAACCAGAGGAAAGUGAGUAGUAGCAGAGUGGGUGGGACCAUUCACGACAGUGAAAGAUUUUCCUUCUACCAUUGUCUUGUGAGUUUUCUGGUCAGCAUUUCUUGGCUGGGUUCAGCAGAUAUUUUCUAUAACAAUAAUCAGAGUACCAGGAAAUGCAGCAUAAAUGAAUGUAGGGAAAUUUAGAGCUUAAACAUAGACAAUAAAUUACUGAGAAAUUAUUUUGAUUUAUUAAAUUGAUAUGUCUGUGAAGUUUGGAGAAUAGUGCAUUGUUUCAUAUCAUCGUGGAUGACUUGAGAUAAUUAAGUUGUGGUCAACGCGUGAACACUUUUUUUUUUAUUCUACUUGUUGGCUGUGGCCGUAGGCUUUGUCUGUGCUAGGUACGUAUUGUCGAGUUGUGAUGGUAAUUUCCGCCCGCGAUAGAGCACUCACACUUCUAAAGUGCUCUUGCUUAAGGAAGUAGAAAUAACCUGGUCCCUGUAUUUUUAUCUCCAUGUAUGUGAAAUAAAAGCUGUUCCUUACA